AUGCCUACAAUAACUAAGGCCGCGGGGGGCUUUCCGUCAAGUUGUAGCACAUUUAUGUGUAGCACCAAGAAAAGCCACGAACUCUUGGAAUGCAUAUAUUCCCACUUUCAUGAUAUACACCCUGGGAUACUGAGAUAUUUUCCGAGAUUUACACAGUCUAUAACCCAUACACGAGUGGCAGCUGCAACUUUCUCUCUUGCAUAUGUACCUGGGGAUUUUCUUGUGAGGAGAGCUGGGGGGAAUGCUCAAUUCCAAGCCGAGGAGUGCUUCUGCCUUUCCAGAAAAAUCUCAACAGCUUCAAUCCAUCAAUCCCCUUCCUCAGACACUCGCGCAACACUUAAAACGAUGGGGAAGGAUCAGCUGGAAGAUAUUGCGGAGAGAAGUGUCAAGGUUCUGGAGAGAAGUAUCUUACGCCGGCGGCGGAAACUUUUUAUUGGCGGAGAUUGA